CGUCGCAGGCGCGCCGGCAGCUCCUCGGUUUCCGGCCCGUCUGGCAGCGUGUGGCUGUCAGAGCCGGCGGAGGGGGGCGAGCUCCCCGCGGCUCCGUCGUCAUCCAGGAAGUCCGCACCAACUGACAGCACUUCGGCGAAGUCGCGCCGCGCCGACGGUGCACAGUCGCGGGGACUAAAACACACCACACGCUCUCCUCAACAACAACAACAACAACAACAACAACAACAACAACAACGGCGGCGGCGGCGACUUUUACUGAAAAGGUGCAGUUUUAUUCCAGUCAUGAGGAAAGUCGGUAAGGAGUCAACUCGGGAUUUAAACUGAGGAGAGGAAAAGGGGGAAGAAAGAGAGGGAGACAGAGGCCAGCCUGACACCCCCCUCUGACUCAUUUUCCUACAGGUCUAGCUGGCCAAUGCCGGGCCCAUCGUGGACAUCUGGUGGCGGUAGCAGCAGCAGCAGUGUUUAUGUGAGCGCGGUGCCCGGCGCCUAGCCCAUGUCCAGCCCAUAAUGCCGUCGUCCACGCGGAAAGGAUUGCCGAAGGACCCCGAGCUGGCCGACCUCUUCUUCAAAGAUGACCCCGAGGACGUCUUCUGUGACCUGCACGAGAUCGGACAUGGCAGCUUCGGUGCCGUCUACUUUGCGCGUAACUCUUACUCCAACGAGGUGGUGGCCAUCAAAAAGAUGUCCUAUAAUGGCAAGCAGACUACCGAAAAGUGGCAGGACAUCAUUAAGGAGGUCAAGUUUUUGGGACAGCUGCGACACCCAAACACGAUAGAGUACAAAGGCUGCUACUUGAAAGACAAUACUGCCUGGCUGGUGAUGGAGUACUGCCUGGGCUCCGCGUCAGAUUUAUUAGAGGUACACAAGAAACCACUCCAAGAGAUGGAAAUUGCUGCCAUUACCCAUGGUGCCUUGCUAGGACUGGCUUACCUACAUUCCCACAAUAUGAUUCACAGAGAUGUGAAAGCCGGUAACAUCCUGCUGACUGAGCUCGGUCAGGUCAAACUGGCCGACUUUGGCUCUGCCUCCAUUGCCUCACCCGCCAACUCCUUUGUGGGAACACCUUACUGGAUGGCCCCUGAAGUGAUCCUAGCCAUGGACGAGGGUCAGUACGAGGGGAAAGUGGACAUCUGGUCCCUGGGAAUCACCUGUAUCGAACUGGCGGAGCGCAAACCGCCCCUGUUCAACAUGAACGCCAUGAGUGCCUUAUAUCACAUCGCCCAGAACGACUCUCCCACGCUGCAGUCCAAUGAGUGGUCCGACCCCUUCCGGAGCUUUGUGGACUACUGCCUACUGAAAAUUCCUCAGGACAGACCCUCGUCAGGGGAGCUGCUAAGACAUGAUUUUGUGCGUCGGGAACGUUCGCCGCGCAUCCUCAUCGACCUCAUCCAGAGGACCAAGGACGCGGUGCGCGAGCUGGACAACCUGCAGUACCGCAAGAUGAAGAAGAUCCUCUACCAGGAGAAACACAACGGGCUCAUGGGAGAGAGCCAGGAGGAGGAGGAGGACAGUGAGGCGGCCAGCUGCAAGAUGAACAGCCUGGGCAGCAACCACUCCAUCCCCAGCACCUCGGUCAGCACCGGCAGCCAGAGCAGCAGCGUGAACAGCAUGCAGGAGGUGCUGGACGACAGCUGCUCCGACAUGACCAUGAUGCACCCGCCGGACUACAGCAGCACCCUGGAGUCCUCCCCGCACACCAAGAAGGAGCAUCAGUUCAACUGGGACGACGGGCUCCACAGGGACCACAGGCCAGAGCUGAGGCCGGCCUCCUCUGACAAGAGCAGCCAGUCCCAGAACUACAAGAACCAGGGCCGCUUCGCCACCAUCAAGUCAGCCUCUCUGGUGACCAAGCAGAUCCACGAACAUGAGCAGGACAGCGAGCUGCGGGAGCAGAUGUCGGGCUACAAGCGGAUGCGGCGGCAGCACCAGAAGCAGCUGAUCGCGCUGGAGAACAAGCUGAAGGCCGAGAUGGACGAGCACCGGCUCAAGCUGCAGAAGGAGGUGGAGACGCAGGCCAACAACGCCUACAUCGAGCUGGAGAAGCUGGCGAAGCGCCACACGGUGCUGGGCGAGAAGGAGAUGAAGACGGCGUUGGCGGAUGAGAAGAAGUUCCAGCAGCAGAUCGUGGCCCAGCAGAAGAAGGAGCUGACCACGUUUCUGGAUAAUCAAAAGAAGCAAUACAAACUCUGCAAGGAGAAGAUAAAGGAGGAGAUGAACGAGGACCACAGCACACCGAAGAAGGAGAAGCAGGAGCGUCUGUCCAAGCACAAGGAGAACAUGCAGCACUCCCAGGCCGAGGAGGAGGCCCACCUCCUGGGCCAGCAGCGGGUCUUCUACGACCGGAACUGCCGCUCCUUCAAGCGCAAGGUCAUGAUCAAGAGGCACGACUCGGAGCAGGAGCAGAUCCGAGAGGAGCUGAACAAGAAGAAGACGCAGAAGGAGAUGGAGCACGCCAUGCUGAUCCGCCACGACGAGUCCACGCAGGAGCUGGAGCAGCGGCAGCUGAAGACGCUGCAGAAGCUGCGGAUGGACCUGAUCCGCCUGCAGCACCAGACGGAGCUGGAGAACCAGAUCGAGUACAACAACCGGCGCGAGCGCGAGCUCCACCGCAAGCACGUGCUGGAGUUGCGGCAGCAGCCCAAGAACCUCAAGGCUCUGGAGCUGCAGAUCAAGAAGCAGUUCCAGGACACGUGCAAGGUGCAGACCAAGCAGUACAAGGCCCUGCGCCACCACCAGAUGGAAGUCACGCCCAAGGCCGAUCACAAGGCGGUGCUCAAGGCCCUGAAGGACGAGCAGACGCGCAAGCUGGCCAUCCUGGCCGAGCAGUACGAGCAAAGCAUCAACGAGAUGAUGGCCUCGCAGGCGCUGCGUCUGGACGAGGCCCAGGAAGCCGAGUGCCAGGCCCUGAGGCAGCAGCUGCACCAGGAGAUGGAGCUGCUCAAUGCCUACCAGAGCAAGAUCAAGAUGCAGACGGAGGCGCAGCACGAGCGCGAGCAGCAGAAGCUGGAUCAGAAGGUGUCGCUGCGCCGGGCUCACCUGGAACAAAAGAUUGAAGAGGAGCUGGUUUCCCUUCAGAAGGAGCGGACCGACCGGAUCAAGCACCUGCUGGAGCGCCAGGAGCGGGAGAUCGAUGGCUUCGACAUGGAGAGCAUGCGACUGGGCUUCUGCAACCUGGGCGUCAUGGACUUUCCCAAGGACGACUACAGAUGAGGGGGGGGGGCCCGCCCGCCAGCCCGCGGUCGUCUCUCGUGGUCCCCAGACGUCCCCGUCUGCCUCAGAAGACCCUCGCCUCUCCGUUGACCAGAACCCGACCAGUGCAGGUGUUCACCGCUGCUGACGUCCUCGCGCAAAAACACACACACACAUACACACACACACACACACGACGAAUCCAGUUUCAUCAGCUCCGGUGUGUUUUCCGGACCGGUUGGUGGCCGAGUCUAGUGCCCCCCCUACUCAAACCCACCUGAUUCUCGCCCCCCUACACCCCACCUUGCCUCUCGUGGUGUCACAAGACGACAAAAAAAAAAUGCUGGGUAACUUCCUGUAGUUGUCAUGAUUUUGUACGAAUAAUGAUGAUAACGUAGUCACAGUGUUUUUCUUGUUUCUUGUGCGGCGUGGAAGACGAGCGAAGGGAGGGAGAGAAAAACCGAGGGCGAGGACAUCGCUCCACCACCAUCCGAUCUUUAGAGGCGAUUCUUUUUUUGUCUUUUGGUCUCAAGCAGUGCAAAAAAAACAUCAUAAUAAUAAUAAUCUCUUGAAGCGAUGAAUCGAAAACAGACAGUCCUUCCGCGGUCGUUCUUUCUUCUGCACUGCUUCUUUAAACACUUUUUGCUAUUUACUCAUCAUCAGGACAAUUUUUUUACGACAAAUUUGAAUCAUUUGAUACUAUGAGAGACAAAUAUCACGAAGUGUAGUCAUAACAAUAAUAAUAUUGGUCCGUCUUGGGGUGAUUUGAUUUCUGAAGGGAGGGUGUGAAUCAUGGUACUCGUGGCGUGUAUGUAUCGUACUGAUUUCUCUGCACUGGCAGCCAAUGUGAAUAAUAAUCAUAAUCAUAAUCAUAGUACACGUGACACGUGAACUCCAGCGAGCACAAAGGGCUUCAUCGUCAGGGGGGGUUGGACUUGUACUUUGUGUAUAGAAGGAUUUAUGGAGAGCUUUUACUUAUUUUCGUAUUGUAUUUUAAAUGUCACUCGUGAAAAAAAGAAUUUUUAAAAGGCGCUUUUUUCCUCCUCCCCCUCCUCAGAUUGUCAUCUAUCAAUGGGAUUUUUUCGAUUCUUUAUUUUUUUUCUGGCUUUACACAACUUGUCAAGCUGUGUAUGUUUUUCUUAUGAACCAGACCAGUAUGAUGCUUUAUUAUUGCAUGCACUUUAAUUUUUUUUUCCUUCUUCCCAGGUUAAGAGAAAGCAUGAAUCUGUCAGAGCUUUUAAUUAUAUUUGUAAAUAAAGUGCUCAUCACACAAAUUAAAA